ACGCAUUGCGUCCCGUUGGGGUGCUGAGAUGGUGCUAGGGCUGUACCGCACCUAGCAGCAUGUAAGAUACACAGCCUAUGGGGUUGUAGCUGCCCGGGUGGUCGCCGACGGGAUAUAGCCCUGGAGCAUCGAGAUCCCAGGGAUCGUUCUCGAGAUUGGGAGCCAGUACCAGGUGCCGUACGAUAUGGAGAUGGGUGAUCCGCAAAUAGUGCCUUGUGACGACAAGGAAGCUCUGUCCAAAAAUGGAUCACUCUCACGGCGAUUAUACUGGCCCAUUAUCCUCAAAUCCCGGCCACCCUUAUGGAUUUGGAUGUAUGCCCGAUGCCCAGAAGUUGCUGAAAGUUUCACUGUGCCUUACAGAGCAUCUUUGACCAAGUGUGCUAAGGUUGCUGAUGAUGAUUCCUGCGAUCAUAGUAGCGGCGCCGAUAUCUAUCGCACGGGCCGUCUGUCCAUUUUUAAGCUGCAUAUGCUUUUCGAGCCCACAGAUUCGAAUAAACCCUGGCUAUUGGUACUCGAAAGUCUGGCGUGGGAUCAACUGACCAUGAGAGCAGCGGCUCGCGAUCCAAAGCCGCUGCUGGAGCGAAUAGCACCAAUCGAAACUGUGCGCCGUAACCGCAACUGCCGAGCGUCAGAGGGAACACGGCGUAAAUUUCCUGACACGACAUGGGUGAUCGACAGUACCGAGGGACAGUCUUCAGGAUCCAGUUGUGGAGGUUUCGCCCGACACUGCUCUCGUCAGGGACACCUCCAUGCGAGAUGGCGGCGCCGGACCGACCUGGGUAUGGGAGUAUUCUCGGAAGCAGUUGUGCUUCAUUUUUCGUCGGUCCCAGCCGUACCCUGGCUCGGGAGAUUCGUGCCGAAGAGAAAUCCAAUGUGCGAAUAAUGAUUGCGUAGGAUGCAGGUAGCACUUGACGACAGGAAGACUGUCCUCAGGCGCAAGCUUCUUCAGGCCCGGCCGCGCUGAAACAACUAUAAAGGGAAUAGCCGGCAGAGGUUCGCUUAAGUGUUGAAGGUGGGUGCGUCCUCGUCUGCAAUACUCAAUUCCGACCUUGCAAACACCCCCGCCGUGAGGAUGGGGAAGACUCC